AUGUCUGGAGAGCCGGAACCGCGCCGAUCGGUGCGCGCGACCAAGGGCCAGCAUACCAAGGCCUUCGACGACCAACCGAUCGAGCCCCCCAAGAAACGAGGAAGGAAGAAGAAGCAAGAGGAGGAGCCCGAGGAAGAGAUUAUCCGCUGCGUCUGCGGUGCCACGGAACAAGAUGGCGACUCGGAAGAGCCUUGGAUCGCUUGCGACAAGUGUACAGCAUGGCAGCACAACGUUUGCAUGGGCAUGAGUGUCUUUACGGAAGACCUCCCUAAGAAUUACUACUGCGAGCAAUGUGCUCCUCAGGACCACAAGGAGCUUCUGGCUGCCAUGGAACAAGGCGAGCGCCCGUGGGAAUCGCGCCGGAAGGCCUAUGAGGACGAACAGAACGAGAAGAAAAAGAAGAAGAAAAAGGGCGGCAGGAUUGGGAAGCGCGCGAGCGACCCCAAGGAGGACUUGUCGCAAGACGCGCGAAGCAACAAGGCCGAAGACUCCCCCGCUCCUUCGGAGACCAAGGAGAAGAAAGAGAAGAAGGACGGCGCCUCCAAGGCGACCACGGGAAAGCGCAAGGCACGAGACGAAACCAUUGAGAAGGACGCAAAGACACCGGCCCCCAAGCAGCGCAAAGUCUCUGUGCCCGAAGCGUCCCCCGUCGUCAGUUACACUGCACCAGCCGACCUGGAUGCGAAGGUCACGGAUCUCCAGGAGGACCGCAAGGGCCCGGCCCAGCUUCUGCAAAAGGCCAUUGCCGGCAUACUCACUGCCGCUGUCAAGGAGAAAAGUGUCGUUCUCCCGAAGGAUACUAGCGUCGCGGCGAAGGCAGAGCGUCUAGCCCUCGAGAUCGAACGUGCAGUUCACGAUGCGCAUCCGGACCGGAGUCAGUAUGCGGCGCAAGCAAGGAUUUUGUACGCCAACAUGAGAAUGAACGGCGACUUAACCAAGAGAUUGCUGAAGCGGACUCUUUCGCCGCCAAUGCUGGCCACCAUGACGGCCGAUGAACUAGCCACAAAGGAGAGACAGGAAGCCAAUGCUCAGCUGAAGGCCAUCUCGGAGAAGCAGUCGAUCUUGAUUACCGAUGACGGCCCUCGCGUUCGCAGAACACACAAGGGCGAAGAGAUUGUCGAGAACGAAUCAUUUCAGCAGAAUGAUGAUGGGAGAUCCUUCAUUCGGCGGCCUAGUGGCCGAGACGUGGGAGAUUCGAAUUACGAGAACCCGGUCGAGCUUUCGGCCCACUCUGGCCUGCAUAUCGAUACCCAUGGAGCUCGGCACUCACCCAAGCAUCCUGACUUUGAUAUCAAUAAAGUGUACGCAACUGUCAAAUCCCCGACCAGCGCCCACAACCGCCGGCCUUCAGCGCCAAUCCAUGGACCCGGAGUGGAUCCCGAUGUCGACAGACUCCUCCAGGAGGAGACGGACUCGCCUCCCUACUCACCAACGGAAGAGACCGAUCCGGACGUGGUUUGGCGUGGCCAUUUGGCCAUGAGCUCGAUCGCCGACUUCCCGGCGGCAGCUAGGUUCGUUGGCGGGGCCAACCUAUCAAGCACGAUUGGGUUGCCAUGGACCAGUCUGAUUCCAAGGAGGCUCGCAGUAGCAGGUCGCAUUGACGAGCAGAAGGCUAUAGAAUACCUAUGUGGCCUGCGGUACGCUGAUCAGACUGAUAUUGUCGUCGUGGCGGUGUCGCCGACCAACGAAGCUUCCCGACGCGAGUUCCAGGCCCUUUUCGAUUACUUCGUCUCCAAGAAGCGAUAUGCCGUCGUCGGCGAGAAGGGUGUCGGCAAUGUGAGGGACACAUAUCUCGUACCCGUUCUUCCUGGCGAGGGUAACGUCCCUGAGUUCAUGCUCAACUUUUCCGACAAUCUCGUCCCUCAGAAGAGAACAGAACCCAUGCUGCUGGCUGUCUUUGUGUACCGGAACAGUCCCAGGCAGCCUCAAUUCGGCGGCGGUGCCGUCUCGCAAUCACCCGUCAUGAAUACGCCAACUCCCACACAGGCCGGGAUCCCUUCAAGACAGCCGUCAGUCUCCGGGCCAGCGUUCUCGCCAACCGUUGCUCAGGGACCCUUCCAGCAGCCGGGCCAUCCCCCUGCCGGUAACAACGGGCACGCAUCGCAGGAGCACCCGACGCAGGGCGCGCACCAGGUUGUGCCGCCGAACCAGCCUCCUGCGGGCUACGCAGCCCAUGCUAGUCCCGAGGCUGAGAAGCAACAACGUCAACAACAAGGCCAGGUCAUUGCACAGGAAGUGCUUGGUCCGUUGAUCAACAGUCCUACGGUGAAGUUCCUCUUGCCGCAAGCCUUUCAAAUGUCCCAGACGGAGUGGCAGGUCAUCCGGGGCAUUCUGGAGAGAGAUGCACGCGCACGAGAUGACUUGGCGUAUCUCAGUCAACUGUUGGAGAAGCAGCCGUCAGUCGGCGGGCGUGGCGCCUUCAGCAUGAUCCGCGUAGAUGUCAAGUGGCGGGAUGGGUAG